UCUUUAACACGUGGGUUGCCGCUGAAACAGAGACAGCGGAGCAGCUGCUGGAUGUGUUUGAGGGAAAUGGAGGCUGUUUUCUUGAGGUUUGAUUCUUUUGACUUCGAGGCUGAUCGGAGGUUUCAGGACGGACUGAAGGAUUUAAAGAAAAGUAAAAACAGCAGCGAGGAGAAGCUGCACGAGCUGAAACUCUUCUUCUAUAACAGGUUCGUGGAGCCCAUCGACCGGCACAGCUACACACACUGGAGCUGUGCGUCUCCUCGUGGGACUGCGCGGGACUGUGACACCACAGACACCAGGACAGAACCCUCCGCGGACACGCAGCAGAAGCAGCUCUCCUUUGCAGAGGUGAUGAGGCUGGUGCAGGACGGACAGGAAGUGCCCGGAGGCGCAAAGCUGGAGGUGAAACCCACCAAUCAGAAUCCCACUGAGUCUCAGAUGGAGAGGAGACUGAAGCCCUGGGAAACAUGUGGCAGUUAGAAACCUGCUUCCAUCACGUUCAUGAUUGGAACAGCUGUCUUCACUUGCUUCUUGCUUCUUCUUUGAGUAUUUCCAUUAACGUGAUGCACUAUAAAUCAUGAAUGUGUCUGCACCACAUCAUGUCACUCAGAGACUCAGCAUGACCACACAGAGGAUAAACAACUAUCAAGUCUGUUGUGCAGUAUUCUAGUAACUCUGCCUGGAAUCAGUUCAACAAGAGCUUCUGAUCAGCUGUUUGUUUGUGUUCUUCUUGUUUCUUCUGAAGCUGCAGAGAAAAUAUCGCUUGUUGCCACUAAAUGACCUCUUGUGGGGGAAUAACGAAGCGUUCGGUUGUCACAUGAACAAUAACUUGAAAUAUAAGAAGCAGGUUUCGCAGCUCAGCUUUUAUUUCCAUCUGUAACUUAAUUUCCUAAUGCUCUAAAGUAGUAAACUACAUGAACAUGAAGCUUUUCUUUUGAAAAGUCUGCAGGACGUUAAUCCUGAAUGAGUUUAAUAAAUCAAAACAAUAAAACAAGACAAAUGUCAGAACAUCAAACAGGAUUAAAACAGAAAAACAAGUCGGCCCAUAAAAAGUAUAAAAUCCCACGUGCACUUUUAUUCGUUGUUUCCUACAUCACACUAAUAUUUCUCUACAUUUCAUAAAAACAAUCAACACUCAGCAAAACAACUACGAGAACAUUCACAUUUAGCUGCUGCCAGUUAAAGGCAGAGGUGAAAAAACAACCGAGUUAGCACCGUUAGCUUAGCACCGAUAGCUCGUUAGCUUAGCACCGUUAGCUCAGCGCCGUUAGCUCGUUAGCUCAGCACCGUUAGCUUAGCACCGUUAGCUCGUUAGCUUAGCACCGUUAGCUCGUUAGCUCAGCACCGUCAGGACUCAAACGUCCCAACAAACACGGAGGUCAAAGUGUCGACAGUUCUCUCACUGAAGGAAGCACCAAAACCUUUCACAAUAAAACAUGUGAGCUCCAAACUCAAGAGACACUUGAGCGGUUUACAAUAUAUAAUCAUUAUUACUGCGGCAACAACAGUUUAGGUUUACAGAGUUUGUUUUUAACAUUCAAAUGUCAAAUUUGAAGUCCUUAAAUUGAAUGAAGUGAUUAAUCAGAUUAAGUGAGUCUUUUAUUAUGAAAUGAACUUUCUCUGAAGACGACGAGCCUCCCUUUGUGGCUCAAUAUCUGUUUUCUUUAUUUCUAUUGAUUUCUUUAUCAGUUUCCUCAUCAUAUUUUUAAUGCGUCACAGUAUUUACAGGAUUCAGUAUCUGUGUUCACGGUCUUUAAAUGAAUAUAAAAGCUCUUGAACACGUCUCACUGACGUGACGAAGCUUCAGUUACGUCUCCUCGUGUUUCAGGUCUUACGGAAAUAUUAAAAACAGUAUUUUUGGUUU